GCAUUGAUCGCAAAGACAAAACCAUCAGAGAAUCCCCAUCGAAAAGAAAAGAAAAGUACUUGAAGAGUUUAAAAGAUAAAGAAAAUGGAAGGCUUGAUUCCAUUCUUGUACAAAGCCAUGGUCAUGUAUAGAAGAGAAGGAAGCUUUUCGUCAGCUUUGCUCAGCGAUCAUCAUUCUUCUUCUACUUCCGGUUACUACAUGAGACUUCCUGGCGACUCCUCCGGUAGAUUUCGAACGUCAGACCUCAGGCGAUUUGGGACGGACCGUCUUGGAUUGCUUAAAACUACGCCUUCUUCACCAUCUCGCUCGCCCACUAACAACAUCACGAAACGUACGUAAGGAGUGUUUCUUGAUAUACUAUUUACACAAAAGAUAUAACUACUAUGUGUUAAUAUAUGUUACAUGUAGCUCACCGUAAAUUAUUAUACUUGCAAGUAAAACUACUUUUUGGUCGUAAUCAUGGUUAAACUGUAAAUAUGUUGGAAUUAUAACGAUGGAAUUUAACAAAGAUGUUAAUAAUUUACGGUGGAUUGAUCAUGUAUUUAUAAUUUGUUUAGUGGGUUUGUCAAUAUUGUGUGCACUUGUAAAGUGUGAUCAUUCAAAAAAAAAGUGUAAUAUUAUCAUAUGUGAUUAUUUUUCUGUAGCAAACAUCUUUAUCAUAUGUAUUUAAAUACUUGAUUUCGUGUUGCUUAUGCAUUCUUCUCUGUCAACGAAGUUGAUUCGGUAAUUAAUA